GUAACGUGUAGUAUCAGUGAAGUGCUUAUUGUUAUGAACUUUGUUGGAUACAAUUUUAUUGUAAAGCGGUUUCAUUCAAUUCCUUUUAAUAAGUAGAUUAGUGACUGGCAUGCUCCUUUUAAUAUCCUUUAAUGGACUGUGAUGUAGGACUGUUAUCUUCGGAAAUCGAUGUUCCGAAGCAUCACUCGGAUUUAAAAAACAUUUUUGCUAUUUACCCCCCGAGCUUAGAUGGUGUUCUCGAAAGUGAUAACAUGGGACUAGAAAAUACAUGGACAGAUGAUGAAUUUGUUGUACCUCCAAUACCUGAUUUACCUCCUAUCCCACUGCCAGCUCCAUCCAAUAAUGUUGAUGUAACUUUUGAAGACACUACUACAUCUAGUGCACCAAUAUUAGAAGAAAUUGACUGUCUCUUCUCACCUGUAAGCCAAGCCAAUGAUGCUCAAGAAGACUCAAUACUCCGUUUCGCUGAUGACUUUCUUAUGGUCUAUCCUGCUUUGUAUUUGUAAAAUAAAAUAUGACAUGGUCACUAACAACUUUUUCAUAUAAUAAAGAGAUUAUUGAGAAAACUAUGGAUUAGGGAGACCAGUGGCCGGAGGAUACUACCUGCACUUAUAAUUUCUAAGAUUGUUUUAAAUUUUUAUUAUGGUGUUUCUCUUUGAUGGAGGUGUGGGUACUGCUGAGCCUGGCGUUUGUGGGCUCCGUAACUUAGGCAAUACAUGUUUUAUGGGUGCCGGGAUCCAAUGUUUGAUGGCUACCGCUCCAAUAGCUAUUGCAUUGUAUAAAACUCCAAGUACACCGAACCAUCCCUUAACUAACAGCCUUGCUGACCUCACCCGCAAGAUAUGGUGCGGACGUUAUACAACAUUUCAGCCUAUGCAAUUUAAAAUGGCAUUAGCUUCACAUUUCCCCCAGUUCAAUGAUUUUCGACAGCAUGAUUGUCAAGAAUUUCUUGCUCUUCUUCUUGAUGGCCUCCAUGAACAGCUGAAUACUGCCACCAGCAAAGAUAUCGCAUGUCAAGUUGAAACGGAAGAACUUCCAGAGAAACGUAAUGUGAAAGUUUCUACUUCUCAAUCUACCAGCCAGGAUAUUAUGAUUGAUUGUGAUCCAAAAUGUGAUGGCAAAGAAUUACAUUUAUUUAAGGAUACGACUAGGGAUAAAAAAAGUAAUCUUGAAAAAGGUACCAAUGCGAAUUUUUGUUCUCCCGAGCCUUAUGUUCCGUUACCUGUGACAUCUCAUAUUGAGAAAUGUGAUAACCUAAACUGUGAUAAGCAGCUGAAUAACAAGCAAGGGAUUUUAUUAAAUCGGGACAUGAUUUCCGUUGUAAAUAAUACCGCUCCUCAUAUCACUGGAAUAGAGGAUAUUUUAAAAGAAGCCAAAACUUCUAAUCUUAACGUUCUUGUAACCAGGGAAGAAGCCAACAAUGAACUAAGAUUUGAUUCUGAAAAAUUCCCCAGAAGUGAUACCUCCCGUAGAAGAGGGGAAACAUUCAAUGUUAAUUCACUUCAUCUUUUCGAUAAUAAUACUAGUGGCAAGCGUAAUUCAAGCUUAUCCAAUCUCCCGAUAUCUCUUGAUUUCAAAGAUGGUCUAGAUCUGAAAAGAGUGAAACUCCAUUCGAUUGCUGACGAAGUUGAAGAAAAGAACAAGCGAAUGGAGCUAGAGAGGCAGUGUAAAUCUCCUGACUUACUGCUCGAAAAAAAUGAAAGAAUGGAAUGUGAAAGGAAAGGGAGCACUAAGGAGGAUAUCACAGAUGAUAUUACUAGCUCACUGCUUUCUCCUAACCUCGCUGAUAUUACCUAUGACAAGACGUCUGAAGUUGAAGCAGACUCGCAUUGGCAAAAACAUUUGGCAGAAAAUAAAAGUGUUGUUGUAAAUACUUUUCAGGGCCAAUUUAAAAGCACUGUCGUUUGCUCUGUAUGUAAAUUUAUAUCUGUUACGUAUGAACCAUUUAUGUACCUCUCUGUUCCUCUUCCAAAUGCAAUGCAAAAGAAGUUAAAGGUCACAUUCAUUGGAGAAUCAUUAAAACAUCCUACCGAGUUUCUAUUAGAAUUGAACAAGUAUGAUAAUGUCAACUACUUGAGGGACCAAAUUUUAAUUAAAGUUGGGUGCGAAGUUAAAGGGCCCAUAGUGAUAGCUGAAGUUUUUGAUCACCACAUUGCGAAAGUAUUGGAAGAUCAUCAGCUGAUAAGAUAUUUAAAUGAUUCCGACCGUAGCCUGUAUGCAUUUGAGGUGACUACGUUAUUGGAUAAAACUGCGUUGGAACCAAUCGAUGACAGCAAGGUUGAAGAGUAUCUGGUGGACACAUGUUGCAUUAUUUGCCUUGAGGAUAAGGAUUCAAACAUGAAGCAACACGCUGACUGCACCUGCAUUCUUUGCGAAUCUUGCAUUGCUGCCUCUUGCACUCACUAUGGAGGUUCCACAUUUGAUUGUCCUGUCUGCAGGAAAGAAAUUAAUCCAGAUGAGCAUCUCAAGAACAUGAAGCCUCAGUCUAACAUGACUGCAAGGAUGAUCAAUAUCCCUCUAGUCUUUCGUGUUGAUACUGUGGGAGAUGGAAACAACAAUCAGAAAAAUGUGGAACUGUUUGGUCAUCCAAUGUUGGUUCGAAUUCCUAACCAUUGUACAUCAGAAGCCUUAAAGGAAGCCAUCGCCUCGCUCCUGCCUUAUAAAGAACCUUACCGGCUUCUUCUUGUUGAUGGACAGGGCCUGCAUUGCUCGAGGUGCAUGUACCAUAGUCAUUGCAGAGGUUGCGAACUGCCUGAUGAUGUUAGCCUGUAUACAAGCGACACCAUCGCAGUAACUUUCACUGCUCCUGUCAAAGUUUUACCUACCACUUCAUCUCUUGCUUCGCUGUCAGCGCAGGCUUCCUCGCUCACACUCUACGAUUGUAUCCAAGCAUUCAGCCAGAGUGAAACUCUUGAUGGAAACAAUCCAUGGUUUUGUCCUCAAUGCAAACAAAGCAGGUGCGCAACAAAGACAUUAUCUGUAUGGCGAUAUCCUGAUUACUUGAUAGUUUAUCUGAAGAGGUUUGUUUUUCAUAACCACAUAAGUACAAAACUCGAAGAGAAAGUAUUAUUCCCAUUGACAGGGCUAAGUCUGGCAACAGGAUCAGAUUAUGAUCUAUACGCUUGCGUAUGUCACAUAGGAGGUGUUUCUGCCGGACACUACACAACCUAUGCUCAGCAUCCAUAUACUCACCAGUGGCAUUAUUUUAAUGACAGCUUCGUGUCAAAACAGUCUCCGCUUGAAGAAGAUUACAGUAAUGCUUACAUACUUUUCUACAAAAAACAGGGACUUCAGCCACCUCCUAUUGACGGUGGAAAUGGGAUCUUCAGCGAGUUGUAAACAGUUUGGUUAUGUCAGUAUUUUAGAACUCGAAUAUCCUCUGAGAUAUUUAAGUUAUAAGCUCUCUCUGUGAUCAUAGUUAAAUACUGAAUGUAUUUGCUUGUCGGAACAGAAUCAUGUUUAACAUUGUUAAAGGGAUAAGUUGAUUAUCUUUUAAAGAAAAUGUUAACCAAACAAAAAACAGAAAAAAAAAAAUGGAAUCUGUGCGAGUAUAACGACUUGUCAAAGGUUUUGCAUUUACACUGUAAUAAAUAACAGUUACUUUUUUUAUAGACAUUAGACUAGAUUUUUUUAAUAUUAUGUACUUACUAGUAACAUAGAAAAAAAAAUGCCUAUAUUAUUAAAGGUAUAUAUAUUUCCUAAGAUGUUAUUAUUCUCUGUUGUUUCUUUCUUAAAUAUAUAUAUGUUAUAUAUAUAUUUAUGUAAAUUAGAUUAACUUUGGCAUAAUAUUUAAGUUGUGCUGU